AUGGCUGGAGGAGGUGAGACGAUGGGGCUGGGAGGGCUGUGGAGGAGGUACGCGCCGCACAACAUGAUGAUCAUGGUGCAGCUCUGCUACACCCUCAUGUACUUCGUCACCGAGGCCGCCUUCAACCGCGGCCUCAACCCCUACGUCUACGUCACCUACCGCCACCUCCUCGUCGCCCUCCUCCUCUGGCCCUUCGCCUACUACCACGAGAAGAAGCUGAGGCCCAAGAUGACCUGGAUGCUGUUCCUGGAGAUCUUCGUGCUCUCGCUUCUGGGGGUGAGCUUGACCCUGAACAUGUACUUCGCGAGCCUCAAGUACACGUCCCCGACCUUCGUCACCUCCAUGGUCAACACCGUCGCCUCCAUCACCUUCGUCAUCGCCAUCGCGCUCCGGAUGGAGAUCGUGGACCUGCGCAGCGCGCGGGGGCUCGCCAAGGUGGCCGGCACCGCGGUGUCCUUCGCGGGGGUCACCACCAUGACGCUCUACAAGGGCGCGGCCAUCGCGAGCCCCUGGAGGGCGCCCGUGCGCAUCCCCGGCGCCGGCGGCGACGCCCCGCACGACGCCUGGCUCAAGGGGUCCCUCCUUGCCGUCGCCAGCUGCGUGUGCUGGUCCGUCUGGUACAUCAUGCAGGCCACGUCCGUGAAGCGCUACCCGGCGGAGCUGUCGCUGACGGCGUGGAUGGCCACCGUGGGCGGCGCCCAGUCGGCGGCCUUCGCGGUGCUGCUGCAGCACGAGAGGCGGGACUGGCUCGUCGGCUUCGGCCUCAACUUCUGGUGCAUCAUCUACUCCGGGCUCGCGUGCAGCGGGUUCACGGUGUUCGCGCAGCUGUGGUGCACGGAGAAGAAGGGGCCCGUGUUCGUCACCAUGUUCAACCCGGUGUCCACCAUCAUGGUGGCCAUCCUCGCCUACUUCAUCUUCGGCGAGAACCUAUACGUCGGAAGCAUAAUCGGGGGAGUGGUGGUCAUCCUGGGCCUCUACAUGCUGCUCUGGGGCAAGGACAAGGACCAGGAGUACAACAACGCAGGAGCAGCGGCGAGCGGCGAGGAGCAGGCCGGCGAGCCCGGUCUGGACUGCGAGAAGCAGCGACAGGAGGAACAAGAGGAGACCAAGACGAUGAAGUAG